UACGUACACGUACGGCCUCGACUCAUCGAGCUCGAGCCGCCGGCCUGGCCACCCUUCGUCGCCCGCGAACCCCCCUUUCUCCGUCGUUCCCUCCCUUUCAACCUCCUUUCAAACCCUAGAAACUCGAUUCCCCACCUCCAAAACCCUAACCCUAGCUCGCCGCGGAGAGCCUCCUCUCUCCUCCCCCUUCACGCCGCCCCCCCGCGGCUCCUGCGGCCGCCGGAACCCAAGCCCCCGCCUGACGGGGCCCUCGCGGACCUAGGGUUUGCCCGCGCGCGCUCCCCCCUCCUUGGGCCCCGACCCUGCGGGGCGGUAGCGGUCGGCGCGUGUGGGGGUGGAGAGAGAGGGAGAGGAGGUGGGGGAGGUGGAGAUGAGAUGAGGCGGCGGGGUGGCGGUGGUGGUGGUGGUGGUGGUGAUGGCCAUGAGUAGGCUCUCGUUUAGGCCGCGGCCGCUCGACAUCCACAAGAAGCUCCCCAUCCUCAAGUCGGCGCGGGAGUUCGAGGACGAUGACCCCACGGCCGCGGCGGUCGCGGUCGCAAGGGCAGGGGUGCUGCUGCGGCAGUCCGCGCCGGAGCUCACUGCUGCUACUACUGCCACGGAGGGCGAGGGAAAUCCAACACCCACUAAGAAGAACAUUCAAGAGAUACCAACGCCUCAGUUUGAUGCUGUGGACACCUAUGAAAGGGACUACACUCGAACCUUCGCACAACCAACCUGUUAUAUACGUGGAAGAGGAGCCAGGGCUGAGAUUGGUGAAUUUGUCGAAUAUGAUCUGGACAAUGAAGAUGAAGACUGGCUUGAAGACUUCAACAAUGAGCGGAAGAAUCUUAACCCUGAAAAGUUGGAAGUCCUCCUAUUCAAGUUGGAAAUUUUGGACCACAAAGCUCGAGAAAGAGCAGGAGCCAUUACACCAACUUUCAUAGGACCUGUACCAGUCCUCUUGCAGCUUGAUGCUGCAAUGGAGGCAUUGCAGUACUUAUCUGUUCGGUAUGGAGUUUUCCAAGCUGUAUAUAGUUAUUGGAAAGACAAGAGGGAACGAUGGCAAAAGCCUAUUCUGCGGCGUUUGCAGCCGCCUCCACCAGUGAAUGAUACAAACCCUUAUAAUGUAUUCAGACCAAGAGAGAAGGCACAUCGACUUCAUACAAGAAGGAUGCAAAGGCGAGAAAAUAAUAUUCAAUCAUUCGAAAAACUUCGCAUGGUACGGCGCAACUUGGACCAGGCAAAGGCACUUAUGGAUGCUUUGGUUAAGAGGGAAGAGACAAAACGGGAGGCCAUGGAAUGCGAGGUCAACCUUCGACGCAUUCAGAUGAAAUAUAAGCAUGAAGCCCAGCUUGUUGAUGAAGGGACUGCACUGUCAGGCUUCCAGCAAGUUUCUAGUAGAUUUGGAUCGAGUGAAGAUGAUUACGCAGAUUCAGAUGACACGACAACUGAACAACCAUAUAUCCGGCCACCUGUUUUCCGUCCUCGAUUCGCUGAUCAUAAGCUAUCCGUAAUCCCUACAUUGCGUAUAAAGCGUGAGCGCGAACUAAAAAGGAGGCCACAGCAGAAUGGCUGGGUGUUUAAAAGGGAUCCUGAGGAGCCAGUAUUGUUAUUCACAAGACCAUUGGAUCCUGAGAAGUUGCUAGCAGCAGGUAUAAAGCCACCACCAGAUCCUCCCAUUGAGAAUGGUGCAACCAUGCCACCAUUUAGGUGCCGGGGUAGGAUUGGGCGAGGUGGUCGCAUCAUCUUUGAUCGAUGGAACCCUCUUCUCCAAACACCAAUUGGGCAGGAAACCUCCUAUUAUGUACCGUACAGCCGUAGGCCUCCCUCACCUGAAAGUUGAAGCAAUUAGCCAUCUGCACGUCCUACUUAUGUGACCUAUACAGCUAGUGAGAAGUGAAGCACUCGAGCAAUUGAUCCUGCUAAGGCGCCAAAUUGGUCGAUGGAAUACUUUUUUGGCCGCCCGGGUUGUGAGCUGUACAGCAGGCUCAGACCCCCUCAGUGAAUACUGGGUGUGGCCAGGCUAUAUCUGCUAACGUUUCUCUUCCGAUCUGGGCUUAAUCAUCUUUUCACAGCUGUUGUAAAAUUAUUAAUAUGUAGGUGAAAGAGUAGAGCAUUUUUUUGUCUAGGCUUGUAGGGUCAGUAUCUAACACCGUGCUCUCUCAUUGAUUAUUCAUUUGGAGAAGGGGGAAUCCUUCUCAUUGAUAAAUCAACCUUUCUGUAUAAUGUUUCAACACUUGGUGCAUUUGUGUUCAAUCAAUGUGCACGUAUGUAUAUACUGUAAUCCAAUGACAUGUGAUAUCAGAUGUGACUAGGUUAGGUAGUGGUAGGGCACUAGGUGCGUGGAAAUGGGAUAUGUGAAACAAUGUUGCAUGAUGUUUUGUUGAAAUGUUGUAUUAGUUUAUGUUGUUGUAACCUCAACAGUCCUUUUAUUUCUUCAAUGAGUAGAAUUUUUUUGUGAAA